AAACAUAAACUCGACGAGGGAAACAAAAUUCCGAUGCCUGCUUCGGCUUUAGAUUGCCUUUCUGCUCUCAGGAUUCAUUACCCCAUGAUGUUUUCUAUACAAAAUAUUUAUGACGAUUCUGGUGGCCGCACUUCUCAUUGUGGAGUCUUGGAGUUCACAGCCGAAGAGGGCUCAAUCUUCGCUCCACAGUGGAUGAUGGACAGCUUGAAGAUCCUCGAAGGAGACCUCGUACUCCUCAAGAGCGUCUAUCUUCCUAAGGGUACUUUCGUGAAGUUGCAGCCGCAUACAACUGAUUUCAUCAAUCUUUCCAAUCCUAAAGCUGUUUUGGAGAAAACCCUCCAAAGAUAUGCUUGUUUGACAACCGGAGACACGAUCACAAUCUCUCACGAUAAGAAGAAGUUUCAGAUUGACGUACUUGAGGCCGAACCAAGCCCUGCAAUUAGUAUCAUUGACACGGAUUGUGAGGUAGAUUUUGCGGCUCCUUUGGAUUACAAGGAACCUGAGAAGAAAGCCUCGCAGAAGGCUGAAGAGGAGAAGCCUAAGUUUGUAGCGUUUUCAGGCUUAGCAAGGCGAGUAGAUGGGGCGCCGCUGGCACAUAUGUCCGAUAUGGUAGCAGAAAAACUGGAGAAGAAUGUGAUCAGUAAAAAGAAUUCAACGAAAACCUGUGACUGUGAAGGACCAGGAAAGAAGAUGGUGUUUGGUUCGAACACGAUCAAUGAGGAAACCCCAAACAAAUAUGACGUCAAGAAGGAAGAAACCACGGAAGAAACCGCCAUCGCUGCAGCCGCUGUUCUGGCUGAUUAUUUGACAAGAUUGGCAUUGGAAAUGGUAAUGGUAAUGAUUGGCAUUGGUUUGAUCUGCAACAAGGCUAAUGUUGGGUCUAUGAGGAUGACAAGGCUCUGCCCUAAACAGGCCGAGGAGUGGCAUGGUCAUAUUCUCGAACCACCUUCUAUAAUACAGCAAAGCCAGUUUUGCAACCAAGAAUGUUCGGAAGAUAUGGCUGGUUUCAGUCUGACUUGUGAUUAA